UUCACGGCUGCCAACUGAUGACAACUUCCUGUUAUUUCGGUCUUUUCGACGUACAACGUGCUGAAGAUGGCUGAUAAGGCUAAGACUGCCCCGCAGGCCGUAAAAAAGCCGGCCGACGUGAAACCCGCCGCUAAGAAGGAAGUGAAACCGAAGGCGGCCGGCGGCGAUGCCAAGCGAGUGAAGCGAUUGCCCGUGGUGCCAGAAUCGUGGCUGAAGAUCGGCAAGGGCAAGAAGGGCCAGCGCCCGAACAUGAUUCUACACCGCCGUCGUAUUCGUGCCGUGAGGCUGCUCCGUCGCAAGCAGAAUCUGCUCCGUGCACUGAAUUACGAGAAGAAGUACUUGAAGACGGAGCGUGCUGUCGUGGAGCAGGCGCGCCUUGCCAAGUCGAAGGGCAACAUCUACAUCCCGGCCGAGCCGAAGGUUGCAUUUGUCAUUCGUAUCCGUGGUAUCAACAAGGUAGCCCCGAAGGUCCGCAAGGUGCUGCAGCUGUUCCGUCUGCGCCAGAUCAACAAUGGUACGUUCAUCAAGCUGAACAAGGCUACCAAGAACAUGUUGCGGAUUGCAGAGCCCUACAUUACCUACGGCUACCCGACACUGAAGUCCGUUCGUCAUCUGAUCUACAAGCGUGGCUUCGUUAAGCACCGACAUAGUCGCAUUCCGAUCACCGACAACUUCGUGAUCGAGCGUAAGCUUCGUGGACACCACCUGCAGUGCGUGGAGGAUAUGGUCCACCACAUCUACACCGGCGGUGCGUCCUUCAAGAAGGUGAGCAACUUCCUGUGGCCGUUCAAGCUCAACACACCGACCGGUGGAUGGCGCAAGAAGAACAACCACUACGUCGAGGGUGGUGACUUUGGUAACCGCGAGGACAAGAUCAACGAGCUGAUCCAGCGAAUGGUUUAAGCAUCGGGAACACACUGUCUCUUCUGGCGGAG